AGAAGCCACGAGCUCAAACCUUUCCCGACCCCCGCACGAAACGCCCAACUUCCCGGCGAUUCCAACGGUCACUCCCUCCACGACGCGGGACUCCCACUCAAGCUCGUUCGCUCGGAAAAUGACCGAUUCGUCAUCCGAGCCCGCGCCCUAUAAAGUCCACGAGAACCGCAUCCACGCCACUCCUCCCGAAGAAAUCCCAAUCGAGAUCGUGAGCGACGACGAGAUGGCGCUCCUCGAAAACGCCUUAGCCGCCGCAGCCGGCGCCCGUGUUUCUCUCGCCGGAAAAGCUCUGUUCCCUCCUGGGUUUCACAGAAAUGUGAGGUCCAUUAAGACCAUUUCGGCCCUCUCCAAGAGAAGGCCGUCCGGUGGCUCGGAAACCGACUUCGAGGACUUCGUGAAUUGUCACGGUGGUUCGACGGAGAAGGAUGGGAAUGGAGAGGCUCGGUCGUUCUUGGACCGGUUCAGGAGAAAGAAGGGCCUGUCUGUCACUGAUAUUACCAGCACGGAAUGGUGUGAAAAGCAGAUGAAGUUUGAUCUCCUUUUUGGGAAGAGGAGAACUACAAAAGCGAUGAAAGCAGGUAGCGCUCGCCAUGAGAAGCUUGAACAAGAGGUUGUUAGAAAGGUUAAAGUUCACGUAAUAUCUGUUGAAGAUAGGUGGGCUACGAGAUUCAUGAACUUUAUAAUAGGUGCACAUCAACUGUUGCUCGAUGGGUUAACUCGUGAACUGCCAAUAAUAUGCUUUUUAGAAGGUAUUUGGAUGGUGGGAGUGAUUGAUGAGGUUCGAAUGCCUGUCUGUGGAACUGAGAGAAACCCGAUACUGGUGGACAUCAAAACUCGUGUCCGAAAUUCACUUCCAGCUGAACCACAGAGAAGAAAUGGAAGGUUUCAGUUGAUGUGCUACAAGCAUAUGUGGGAUAAAUCAGUGGGCAAGAAGUUCCCCACUAAACAAUUCUUUGAUUAUUAUAAAUUGAACCCUCGUCAUAUUUUAUCGGAAGAUAUCAGGGAGAAUGCUGCUAAUGCAGGUCUUCCUGCAGAGAACCUUGAUGAGAUAUUGACAUACUACAGGAACACAUGUUCAAUGCUACCCGUGGCUGACAGUCAGCUGUUACUGAGGUAUGAACUACAAAAAGAUCAUUCAGUGCUUGGCGAAGAUCAGUUCGCGUACGAUCAAGACUGGGUUGAGGAUGAAAUCAGGACUUGUCUCGAGUUCUGGCAUGGUGAACGGGAAGCAACUUACCCUCCCGAGCAGGAGCGGUGGAAAUGCAGCUUCUGUGAAUAUGCUUCGGUGUGUCCUGUGAGGGACAUCGGUGAUGCGACGACUUCUCAAUCUGUAGAUUCCCGUCAGGGCAGUACAUAAAGCUCAAAGAAGAAUUAUAGUUCUGUUGUGCCAGGUUCCCUAGAGAGAGGCUGCUUUUUUCGAGCUUCUUUGUGCCAUGCCUGCUUGUUGGAUUCAGUCUUAAAGUCGCUUUCCGAGCUUUGUUGUUAAUUUAGAAAUUGCUUGUA